GAUCGACACACGCAGCCGCGACCUGACCCGACCCUCCCGAGGCCGCCAGCCUUAUCCUCUCCGCCUCCCGCCGUCCCCCGCGACCCAUCCGCAAGCGCGAGGUGAGUCCGCAGCCCGUGCUCCCGCGCUCCUUCCUCGCCUCCCCCUCUAAUUAGAGGCUCCUCCGCGCUCUCGGCAGGGGUUUAGCUGCCGUGGUCUGAGGAUUGGGUGAGUGUGGAACUGGAUGCCAGCGCCGCACAGCUCCAGUUCGGUGGCCGGUGGGUGUGGGUCUUGGGUUUCGGGGCGAGGUGGUUUGGGUUCGUCCGUGUAGAUAGCGUAUAGAGAGUGGUGGCGAGUGGGUUUGGUCAUCUGCUGCGUUAGUGAGUGUCCUUUUCCUCUCCAUUUGCACCAGAGCUAGCGUAUGUCCGACCGUAGCAGGUGUUCAAUUGUUCGGUAAAAAAAAUGUGCUUUCCAUUUGCAUCAGAGAUAGCGUUACUCCCUUUUGCUUGAGAGAUGGUUAGGAGGCUGGCUAUGGAUUAUGUGUCUGCUUCGAUCGUUUUCUCAUGCUAAUGUGACUCCUGCCGCACAUGCAGUAGAAGACAUGGCCUCGACGUUCGGUGCCACUUCUACAGUUGGCCUUAUGGCUGCUCCAACGGGGAAGAAUGUGCGCCUUCAGAGGAGGGCUAACUUCAGAGUAAAAGCGGCUAAGGAGCUGUACUUCAACAAGGAUGGGUCAGCUAUCAAGAAGCUCCAGACUGGAGUCAAUAAGCUUGCAGACCUAGUUGGAGUUACACUCGGACCGAAGGGAAGGAAUGUCGUUUUGGAGAGCAAGUACGGCUCUCCCAAGAUUGUUAACGAUGGCGUUACAGUUGCAAGAGAGGUUGAGCUGGAGGACCCUGUGGAAAACAUUGGAGCUAAAUUGGUCAGGCAAGCUGCAGCUAAGACCAACGAUCUUGCUGGAGAUGGGACAACCACCUCUGUGGUCCUUGCUCAGGGGCUGAUUGCUGAGGGUGUUAAGGUCGUGGCAGCUGGUGCUAAUCCUGUUCAGAUUACUCGUGGUAUUGAGAAAACAGCUAAAGCACUAGUUGAAGAACUAAGGAAGUUGUCUAAGGAGGUUGAAGAUAGUGAGCUUGCAGAUGUUGCUGCAGUUAGUGCUGGCAACAACUAUGAAAUUGGUAACAUGAUAGCAGAGGCCAUGAGCAAGGUCGGUCGGAAGGGCGUUGUCACCCUUGAAGAGGGGAAGAGUUCUGAGAACUUUCUCUAUGUUGUGGAGGGAAUGCAAUUUGACCGUGGUUACAUCUCUCCGUACUUUGUAACAGACAGUGAGAAAAUGACUGCAGAGUACGAGAACUGCAAGCUGCUUUUGGUUGAUAAGAAAAUCACCAACGCAAGGGAUCUUAUCAACGUUUUGGAAGAAGCCAUCAGAGGUGCAUACCCAAUCCUGAUAAUUGCAGAGGAUAUUGAGCAGGAGGCUCUUGCUACCCUUGUCGUCAACAAGCUCAGAGGAUCACUGAAGAUCGCUGCCAUCAAAGCCCCUGGUUUUGGAGAGCGCAAGACUCAGUACUUGGAUGAUAUUGCCAUCCUUACUGGAGCAACUGUAAUCAGAGAUGAAGUUGGGCUGUCACUUGACAAGGCCGACAAAUCAGUUCUUGGAACAGCUGCAAAGGUUGUCCUUACGAAAGAGUCGACAACAAUUGUUGGUGAUGGCAGCACCCAGGAAGAAGUUACUAAGAGGGUUGCACAGAUUAAAAAUCUCAUUGAGGCAGCAGAACAAGAAUAUGAAAAGGAAAAGCUCAAUGAGAGGAUAGCGAAGCUUGCUGGCGGUGUUGCUGUCAUUCAGGUGGGAGCACAAACAGAAACUGAACUAAAAGAGAAGAAGUUGAGAGUUGAGGAUGCCCUAAAUGCAACUAAGGCUGCCGUUGAGGAAGGUAUUGUUGUUGGUGGAGGGUGCACUCUUUUGCGGCUUGCAGCUAAAGUCGACGCCAUCAAGGAUACACUGGAGAACGACGAGCAGAAGGUUGGAGCUGAAAUAGUAAGGAGGGCCCUGAGCUACCCACUUAAAUUGAUUGCUAAAAACGCCGGUGUCAAUGGCAGUGUUGUCACUGAGAAGGUCCUUUCUAAUGAUAACUUCAAGUAUGGUUACAAUGCUGCUACUGGACAGUACGAGGACCUGAUGGCUGCUGGUAUCAUUGACCCCACCAAGGUGGUGAGAUGCUGCUUGGAGCACGCCGCGUCGGUGGCCAAGACCUUCCUGACAUCAGAUGUUGUGGUCGUCGAUAUCAAGGAGCCGGAGGCUGCACCUGUCGCAAACCCGAUGGACAACUCUGGCUAUGGAUACUGAUGAGAUGCUAUGGCCAUGCCCCAUGGGACGAAGGUGAUCACCAUAUUAAUUUUUUGGUAGGCGAGGAGUCGGGUCGAGGUAGCUUUUUAGACGACCGAAAGGCGAAAAUAAGUUGAGGAUCUGCAUCCCAAAUUUGUGAUGUAAACUGAGACAGAACAGCAGCCAAAUGAAGCAGAGAUUUGCUGAAAGAUUCUGUAACUGGUUGCAGCUAAUGUUGAAUGCAGUUUGCACACGACCAAUUCAAAUGGCUCCGGCAACGUCAGAUUAUGCUGCGUCGAAACUGAUUUGAAACUGAUACACCGGAGCGGUCUCCUCUCUGGGAGCGAUCCAUAUUUUUGUGUACUUUCUGAUUUGAUGAACGACUCCAUCUGUUUGUUUCUAGAAGAUAAUGUAUUUGAGGGCGUCUGUUUUU